AUGGAGGACUUGAAAACUUCGGACCGAUUUUUUCACAAGUCCUUCAGCAUCAGCAGCCUGUUGUUGAGACGAGAGGGAGUGAUGGGUGACCAGGAGUAUCCUUCUCAGUCCCAGAAACUGCGCUCCGCACAUUCAGAGAAAUCCAGUCAAGAGGAAAAGUUUGACAGUGAAAAUAACUGCGAAACCCCCAAACUGUGCACUAAAGCGGAAACCAAACCGGUGAGUGCAAAUGGAAAGCGAGAAGGAAAUAAGGGAGAGUUAAAGAAAGGCGUUGGAGCAGAAGAAAGCGUUAAGCCUGAGAAACCUCCUUUCAGUUAUAACGCGCUCAUCAUGAUGGCUAUCCGCCAGAGCCCGGAACGACGGCUCACGCUCAAUGGUAUCUAUGAGUUUAUCAUGGACAAUUUUCCAUACUACCGACAGAACAGACAAGGGUGGCAAAAUUCAAUCAGGCACAACUUAAGUCUGAAUAAGUGUUUCGUUAAAGUGCCACGCCACUAUGAUGACCCGGGUAAAGGCAACUACUGGAUGCUGGACCCCUGCAGUGAGGACGUCUUCAUAGGUGGCACAUCAGGAAAACUCCGGCGCAGGGCCGCAGCUGGCUCCAGGACCAAGCUUGCACUAAAAAGGGGAGGAGGUCGUCUGAUGUCUUCCAGCACUGCAACCAGCGUGACCUUGGCCGCAGCAGGUUCAUUUUACUGGCCGGUCCCGCCGUUUCUGCCUCUCCAAACACCAGUGCGCACUCACCUGGGUGCAGGGACUUAUCUGAGAGCUCACCCCCGCUUCCCAAACCACGCCACAUCGAUGGUUUCACAGCGGUCCCGGUUGAGUGCAACAAGUGCUGUAGACGCCGCCGACCGGUUCGUGCAGACGCACCAGGAGAUGUCUUACAUUGGACUCAGCUGCGCGCAAUCCCGACGCCAUCAGAUUGGCACCGCCUGCACCGCUUUCUCCACAUCCAUCCCCGCAUGUCCCCUGCCGCUGUCGGAUCCGUACUCUUUUAACAUGAUCUCCGGACAAGCCAGCUACUUUUACUCUCACCAAAUACCUUGUGCCGCAACGUUUAGUCCGUGCCAAGAGGAGUGCGCCACUUCCAAGACAUAUCCGGGACAAUUUGUAUCCAAGAACGGCCACUCAGACCUCGGGGGGUUCUGUAAUGACUUUCGAAAUUACUGCCCUCAAGUCAGUUCAAGCCCUUCAUCUUGGAAUAUAGAAAAAUAG